AAAUUUCACCACCACAUCCCAGCCUCACCUUAAACAUCACGAAUCUCACUGAGACGAUGCGUUUUAUCUCAGUCCAGCAUAUAAGUCCUCACUACAAAACGAAUAUCGUACGGAGUCUGUGAUAAUUCUCAUCUCUACCGUUGCAGGGAAGUUGGGGGCCGCGCGUGCAACGGGAACCUUCAGUCAAGACACCAACUGCGACGUCGCCUGACAGUUUCGUUCUAUCAAUCAGCAAGUACACAGGAUGUCUGGCGAACAACCGGAAAACGGAGUCCAACCUCAGGAUGAGGCAGGUGACCAACCGCCGGCACCCUCAUUCUCAUGGCUUGAUCCGCAUCCUAUCUUUGUUAUUGUCCUGGUUGGUCCGAAUCAGCAACCAUUUGGUAUCCAGAAAGACUUCCUAUGUGCGAGAUCCGCGUACUACAAGCAGUACUUUUCGGAGAACGACAGAACAGAUGCGAUUGAGCAUAUAGUCGAGCUGCCAGACACGCCCGUCCAAGUUUUUGCCCUCGCCCAGAACUAUCUCUUCACAAACAAAGUCUUUCCCAACGAGGACAACUUUCCCUCGUACGAGGUGCUCAUCGGUGUGUGGAAGCUUGGUCACCAGCUAGCCAUCGAUGGGAUCUGCGACGCCACCCUGGGAGCAAUGGCCGAGUGUCGACGUAUCACUCAGCGUAUCCCCGCAACGCCGCUGCUUGUUCAAGUAUGGAAAGACACCCCUGAGGGAUCAUCCAUACGGAAGCUGCUGCUGUCAUGGGCUGCCGAAUACAUGCGGUCCUCGGAUUCUCGGGCCGAAUUUGCGAGAUCAUUGCCACAGGAAGUCCUCAGUGAGCUUGUCGUCGCAAUGAGCUCCCUGGAUAUCACCCCGAUUGUCCAGGUUAAUGGUACCGGACCCGUCUUAGCCCAACAACAGCCACAGCAGCAGCAACUACAGCAGCAGCAGCAGCAGCAACCACAGCAGCAACAUCAACCACAGCAACAGAAGCAGCGGAAUAUUCAUUAUAUCGAUGACGACGAAGCAGAUAGCGGUAGACCGUUGGCGAAGAAACCGCGUCAUUCGGAUGUUCUGCCGACCGGCUCAGCAGCUUCUACGGGGAAGGCGGCCGCACGGAAAGCCGGCUCGAGAGCCUCUCUGCCAGUAACCAAGCCCGUGGGGAAACGCCGAUCUGUUGCAUCCUUUGCUGCUGAACAGAAGUUCACCACGGCACAGAAGCUGAACUUCUGCGCCGACCUGUUGACAAGGAUGCUCUCGGGACCAGGGUUCUGGACUCGCCUAGUUGGUCCUUUUAAGGAACCCGUUGACCCGAUUCCGGACGGCGUUCCCGACUAUCAUGAGAAAAUCAGCAAACCCAUGGACCUGGGAACCAUGAAGGACAAGAUGGACCGCAAGGGCUAUGCAAGCGAGGAGGAAUUCCUGGCAGACAUGAACCAGAUAUUCACCAACUGCUACACCUAUUGGACCAAGAAAGACCCUAUGUGGGGGGCUUGCGAGAAGCUGCAGAAGACGUUUGAGGAGAAAUAUUCCCAGAUGAACAAAUGGAUUGCCAAGAUGGAAGGUGACGAGGGCACUUAGGUGAUCCUUUCUGGGGAAUCUGCCGGCGAUAUGGUGGCUGAGGUGGCUGAGUUGGUUGAGGUGAUUGAUGAGGUGAUUGAUGAGACCAGUCCGCGACUGAUCGAGAGGCCGAAGUGGCCCCAUGCGUGCAGUCUGCCGAUAACGAUGGGAUAUUGGCGACCCUUUUGAGACGGUCUGCCCGAUGGUCUGCUUAGAGGGACCCAGUUGGGUUGUAAUGUUAUGUCCUGCUUGAUGUGGCGUUCGUUGUUGAGUCUACUCUCCGUUUCUCACUGCAUCGGGAAAGUCUGAUUAAUUCUUGAAGUGGCGGAGCUGUAUUAUAGGUGUAUAGGUUAGGAGGCAAAGAAGUCCCACAGCGGGCUAUUAAUGUAGUGUUUUAAUGAUG